AUGGGCUUCUAUUCAAAGGCAAGACUGCCGCGGCCAAGCAUCCAUGACCCUUCAGUCAAGUCACGCCGGGUGGCGUUGCUGAAGGCGGCGACUAUCAACUUGCUUGUGCUGCAAUUUCUCUUCCUAGGAUUGUUCUGCUACAUCUUUGGCUCUUUGUUCCAGCAGAACACGCACAUCCACAAUAUUAAUAUCCUGUUCGUCGACUAUGAUGGAGGCGCCAUUGGUACAGCCGUCCGUGAUGCCUAUCAGGAGUUGAAAGGACCGAGUUUCCCAACUCUGGACGAGCGCGCCGCCUUGGUCUAUCCCGAACCUGAGUCCAUUGACUCGGCUGUCUGCAACAUUAAGUUCUGGGGCGCGCUAUAUAUCACCGCCAACUCCUCCAAUGACCUUACUGCUGCUUUCGCUGGUGGAUCCGCUGCUUCAUCAUACAACACGAGCGACGUUCUCACCAUGGUCUGGAACGAAGCCCGCUACCCGACAACCGUGGACUCAGCCAUCUACGACAAGUUAACCACCCUCUCCGAAGCCGCGCGAGUAGCCUACAUGAACAACAACGCAAAACAAACCAUCCAAUCAGUCAACAGCUCAGAUGCCGCAGCCCUAUCCAUAUACUCCAAUCCCUGGACAUUAUCCUCUGUGAAUCUCAAACCAACCUCACAAGGAUCCCGCCUAAUCUACAACACCCUCGUCAUAAUCCUAAUUAUGAUCCAAGAAUUCUUCUAUUUGGGUUACGUCAACGGUCUCUACCAACAGUUCAAACUCUACACAUCCAUAAAUCCCCUCCGAAUCGCCAUCGUUCGACAAAUAAUCUCGGGCGUAUACACGUUCAUCGGGUCCCUGUGCACGACAGGCGCGAUAUGGGCGUUCCGCAACGGCUGGGACGUCCACGGCGGCCAGUUCAUGAUCACUUGGAUGGCGCUAUGGCUAUUCGCGCAUCUGAAUUUCCUCGUCCUAGACGUGGUUACGAUCUGGGUAUCCCCGCCUUUCGUACCGAUGGUAUUCAUAUCGUGGAUCGUGUUGAAUGUUACAUCCAUUCUCCUCCCAUUCGAGCUAUCACCUGCGUUCUACAGAUUGGGUUAUGCGUUGCCUGCGCAUAGCAUCUUCAACGUCCUGAUUGAUAUCUGGUCUAGCGGGUGUAACCCGCAGCUCUACUAUGGUUUACCCGUUCUCUUUGUGUACGAGGUGUGUGGUCUCGUGCUGAGCUCGGUUGGUGUGUAUAGACGCUCGCACUACGCUAUGAUCAAGCAGGAGAAAGAUGAGAAGGAUCUGCAUGACCGAAUCACGGCGGCAAUUGCGGAACAGCAAGAUCAGCAGUUGGGCCGGGAGGAGACAUUGGAGUAUCCAGACAGCAGAGUUAGUGAUAGUGACCGGGAAGAGGGUGCUACUGAGAGGCGGGGCACUGUGGCUACGAUGCUUGACAAGGGUGAGGUUAUGGAUGUUAUUCGACGGGAGAUGUCGCGACCUAGGGAGGACAGCUCGAGCAGCCGAGCGAAUAAUGGGCCCUGCUUUGAUCUGCCGUAUAGCGAGUAG